AAGCAAAUGUGAUUGCUUUCGUUUUGAAUUCGGUUUACUCCAAAACACGUCAAACUUUCUUAAUCAUCGUUUCAAGCGAUCCCUAUCCGAGGCCACGGACGACCCCCUUUUUCUUCUCCAGCACACUUGAGUCAGGAAGGGGCGAGCAAGGAGCAAAAUGUGGUGAGACAGCUUGAAAAAGUAAAAAAAAAGAAACCAGGCCCUGGCAGGGAAAAGGUUUUUCCGCUCCCUGUCUGAAGGGCUGUCUCCUUUUGUGUCACUAGGUGGCAGCAUCAUCCUCUCGGUUCACUUGAAACUGGCAGCAGACACCGAGCGCGACCUGUCGCCUCCAAGGGGCGACGUGCCAAACUCAUAUUUGGCUGCUGCUCCACAACUCAAAAGAAAAUAUUUGAUGGUGUGGAACUAAAAGGUGAUGGCAGACGCUGACGCGCAACAAGAGACGCGCCAGUCCGCCAAAGACUCCAUCAUCAAGUUUUCCAUCAAGAACCUGCUCGGCAUCGACGACCAUCCCAAAAAGCCCGCCAGGCCCAGAAGCUUCCUGGAGGACACCUUCUUCUCCCGGCUUGCCGAUUUGUCCCUACCCUGCCUGGAGUUGCCCUCACGGCGGCUUGCGCUGUCCUCGCCGUCCCCUUGGUGGCAUCCCUACACGCUCGGUGCUCAUCUCAAAACUGAAGCUUCAGGGAAGGAUCAAGCGUUGGCACGCGACAGACCUUCUUCACCCGACCUCCCCAAAAGUGAGCCGGACCCCAAAGAAGAAAGUGCAGAAGAGGACGAGAGUGAGCCAGAGGAGGCAAAGAAGGACUCCGAGUCCGCAGAGGACCGCUGGAAAAAGAAACCCGAGCACUCUGACGGGAAGCCCUGCAGGAAAAAGAAGACCCGCACCGUGUUCUCCAGGAGCCAGGUGUUCCAGCUGGAGUCCACCUUCGACAUCAAGCGCUACCUGAGCAGCUCGGAGCGCGCCGGCCUGGCCGCCUCCUUGCGCCUGACCGAGACUCAGGUGAAGAUUUGGUUCCAGAACCGAAGGAACAAGUGGAAGAGGCAGCUGGCCGCCGAGCUGGAAGCGGCCAACGUGAGCCACGCCGCGGCGCAGAGGAUCGUGAGGGUACCCGUCCUCUACCACGACAGCCGAGCUUCGGAGAGCAGCGGGAGUGCGGGGGGGACCUCGCCCGGUGCCCAGGCGUCAAUCCUGGCCUUUUCUCAUCACAUGUACUACCCCCACGCCGUUCCCCUGCUGAGGCCUGUUUAGCCCCUGAGCACACCUUGAAUAUGUUGUAUGACUUGAAAAAUACAUUUGUAUAUUUUUCAAUCUAAAUUUGGGAAAUUAGACGUUUUCCUUUGUCCUCCUAUCACCUCCCGUGCAUUUACUUUAUUUGUUUUCGGCACAAUCUCCAUAAUUGUCCUCAUUUGCUUCAAAGUGUAAGUGCAUAUAUUUUCAUGUGCAAAGUUGGACAUAACGUAUUUUGAAGACUCUUAAUUGUGCUUGUGGCGCUCUAAAAUUGUGGGAUUAAACAUUUUGACAUGACCUUACUUGCGCAGCUGUUUACAAGUCUCAUGAUGUCCAAAAAGCAACAACAAAGCUAAAAAAAACAUCAUUGUGGUCAAUUCAACCAACUACGGAGCCAAAUAUGAUUUGCUACUGAAAUCUCGUAGGAGUUCCCAGUAAAGAUGAAUAAAGUAGUUUGAAUGUA